CCUGACUUUGGCUCUCUAGUCUUGAUCUAGAGAGGCCUCCCCACUCCACAUUCUGCUUCUUUCACAUUCAUCCCUUCCCCUAAAGGCCAGUCUCCAGCAGUAGAACUGGGGCAGCUGACCCAAGGGCAUUGGACCAGAGGCAAGGAAGGAAGAGCCAAGAUCCAGAGCAAGCUUAAAUCCAAUUCCAAGGCAGAAACAGGAGCAGUUUCAUCUAUUAGCCAUGGGGGAGAUGGAGCAAUUGCGUCAGGAAGCUGAACAGCUCAAGAAACAGAUUGCGGAUGCCCGGAAAGCCUGUGCUGACACCACCCUGGCAGAGCUUACUUCUGGUCUCGAGGUUGUUGGGCGGAUUCAGAUGCGGACACGUCGGACUCUCCGUGGACACUUGGCCAAGAUCUACGCCAUGCAUUGGUCUACUGAUUCUAAGCUGCUCGUGAGUGCUUCACAGGAUGGGAAGCUGAUUGUGUGGGAUACCUACACGACCAACAAGGUCCAUGCCAUCCCACUUCGUUCGUCUUGGGUCAUGACCUGUGCCUAUGCUCCAUCGGGAAACUUCGUGGCCUGUGGGGGGCUGGACAACAUGUGCUCCAUCUACAGCCUUAAAUCCCGAGAGGGCAAUGUCAAAGUCAGCCGGGAGCUCUCUGCCCACACAGGUUACCUCUCCUGCUGCCGGUUCUUAGAUGACAACAACAUUGUGACCAGCUCUGGAGAUACCACAUGCGCUCUGUGGGACAUUGAGACUGGCCAGCAGAAGAUGGUAUUUUUGGGCCACACAGGAGAUUGCAUGAGCCUGGCUGUUUCUCCCGAUUUCAAACUCUUUAUCUCUGGGGCCUGUGAUGCCAGCGCCAAGCUGUGGGAUGUACGAGAGGGGACUUGCCGCCAAACUUUCACCGGUCACGAGUCUGACAUCAAUGCUAUCUGCUUCUUUCCCAAUGGUGAAGCAAUUUGUACUGGCUCCGACGAUGCCACCUGUCGUCUCUUCGACCUGCGGGCUGACCAGGAGCUGAUCACGUACUCACACGAAAGCAUCAUCUGCGGGAUCACAUCGGUGGCCUUCUCCCGAAGUGGCCGGCUGCUGCUGGCUGGCUAUGAUGACUUUAACUGCAACAUCUGGGACUCCAUGAAGGGGGAGCGUGUGGGGACCCUCUCAGGCCAUGACAACAGGGUCAGUUGCCUGGGGAUUACAGCUGAUGGGAUGGCAGUGGCCACAGGCUCCUGGGACAGCUUCCUCAAGAUCUGGAAUUGA